AGACACAAGCUCACACACAAACACAUACACAUGCAGAGUGCACUGAGAGUUCAAGAGCGCUGCAUUCAAGGGGAGUGGACACAUUUAGGGGAAAGAAUUCACUAUAUCAUACCAUCGGAUCAGUUUUGCUAGAGUCGGGAAGGAGUGUCAACUGCUGCUGCUGUUGUAUUUUUUUUCUUCCAAGAGGGGAGCAAGGAGAGCGGUGGUGUGUUCAAGUGCAGUGCUGGCAUGUGUGGCAUGUGAGAGCGAGCAGAGGGAAAACACACCACAAGACCACUCCACACGCCAUGGAGAAAGACAGCUCUUGGAGUCUAAAUGAAGAUGGGACGACUCCACACUGCAUGUCUGGCAGUAAUUAUAGCAGCAAAGACAGGAGGAUUAAAACCCCAUCCUAUCCAGGAGUCCCAUUUUUAGGAUUGAUGCUCUUGGCCAUUAUCCCCUUUGGAGCGAGCAUCAAACAAAGUGUCCCUCGGGUCAUACUCAGCCAGAGAGAACUGCUGCAAGCCGGCAGUGUGUCUUUGUUUUUGGGCCCCUCCGAUGGCCUCCUUUCACACUCCCUGCUGUUGGAUGAGGAGAGAGGUCGUCUUCUGCUGGGAGCCAGGGAUCACAUCUACCUGCUUGACCCUGACAACCUGGCCAAAGGUCCCAGAAAGAUUCACUGGCCUGCACCUUCGGACCGAGUGGACGCCUGCAAACUGGCUGGCAAAAAUUCUAAUGAGUGUGCGAACUUUGUGAGGGUACUCCACAACUACAACAUGACACAUGUCUACGCCUGCGGGACAGGAGCCUUCCACCCCAGCUGUGCUUUCAUUGAAAUCAGCGGUUCCAGACAGGAUGGAGUUUUCCAGCUGCUGUCUGGUACAGUGGAGUCCGGCAGAUUGAAAUGUCCUUUUGAUCCCUUGCAGUCAUUCACCUCAGUCCUCACAGACCAGUACCUGUAUGCGGGCACAGCUUCAGACUUCCUGGGCAAAGACACGACAUUCACGCGCUCCCUGGGCCCGCCACCUGACCAGCACUACAUACGUACGGACAUCGCAGAGGAGUACUGGAUCAAUGAGGCCAAGUUCAUAUCUGCACACCCCAUUGCGGACACCUACAACCCGGAUGAUGACAAAAUGUACUUUUUCUUUCGGGAAGUGUCGUGGGAAGGCAAUGACAAGAGCAUUCUGUCUCGUGUGGCUCGAGUUUGCAAGAAUGACGUGGGUGGGCUGAGGAGUUUGACCAACAAAUGGUCCACCUUCCUUAAGGCCAGACUUGUGUGCUCCAUACCUGGGCCUGACGGAGUGGAUACACACUUCGAUGAGCUGCAGGACAUUUUUAUGCUGCCUACCAGGGACCCUAAAAACCCCACAGUGUACGCGGUCUUCACCACCUCCAGCUCUAUUUUCCGAGGCUCUGCUGUGUGUGUGUACAGCAUGGCGGACAUAAGGGCUGUGUUUAAUGGGCCCUACGCCCACAAGGAUGGGCCAGACCACCGAUGGGUAGAAUAUGAGGGACGGAUACCGUACCCUCGUCCCGGAACGUGCCCCAGUAAAACAUACGACCCUCGGAUCAAAACCACCAAAGACUUCCCUGACGAGGUUGUCAGCUUUAUUCGCAUCCACCCACUGAUGUACCGCUCUGUCUACCCUCUGAGCGGACGACCUGUGUUCACGCGUGUACGCGUGGACUACAGCCUCACUCAGAUUGUGGUGGACAGAGUUUUAGCCGAGGAUGGACAGUAUGAGGUUCUCUUCCUGGGGACAGAUGCUGGCACUGUCCUGAAGGUAGUGAGCAUCAGCAGAGACAAGUGGCUGACGGAGGAAGUGGUGCUUGAAGAGCUUCAAGUGUUUCAGGUUCCCACUCCCAUACUUAGUCUGGAGAUAUCUUCCAAGCAGCAACAGCUGUAUGUGGGCUCAAGUGAAGGCCUGGCCCAGGUUUCACUGAGCAGAUGUCACCUCUAUGGUCAAGCCUGCGCUGAGUGCUGCCUGGCCCGUGACCCCUACUGUGCCUGGGACGGACACACGUGUUCAAGAUAUAUCCCUGCAUCCAAGAGGAGAGCCAGGAGACAGGACAUCAAGCACGGGGAUCCCGCCAGUCAAUGUUGGGAUUCAGAGGACAAUCUCGGUGUUGGACAGGUGGAGGAGAGAGUUCUCUUCGGAGUUCAGAGCAACUCAACCUUCCUUGAGUGCAUCCCCAAAUCUCAGCAGGCCCAGAUUCGCUGGUUUGUUCGAAGAACUGGAUCGGAACACAGGGAAGAGAUAAGGCCAGAUGAUCGCAUCAUCCUAACAGAUCGAGGCCUCUUGAUUCGCUCCCUCCACGUCUCCGACGUUGGUGUGUAUGAGUGCGAAGCUCAGGAGCACACUCGUUUCACACACACUCUCCGCCGCCUGACACUGCAACUCGUGCCUCAAGGACAACUGGACAGAAAGACCAAGUCCAGCGAAGACCCCCUGGUCGAGCUAAGGCAUGGUCACCAUUACAAAGACUACCUGAGGCUGAUGAGCUCCCCUGUGGGAUCGCUGGAGGACUACUGCGAUUCGCUUUGGCUUGAGAAGAGGCCGUCAAAGGCAAGAGGACGAGCUUUGGGAGUUGGAAAGUGGAAACACAUCCAGGACAUGAAGAAGAGUAGGAACAGGAGGCACCACAGAAAGUGACUGACAAACUGUAUUGAGUAAUGGGGUGAAAAAAUCAGACUGUAAAAGUUACAAUAAUAGAUCAGUCAAAAAACAAAAUUGGAAGCAGUUCAUAGAUGAAUUGCUUCACAUUCUCCACAUGAUACACAACUGACUGUUCAUAUGAUGCCCAUCUGUCAUUUGAUUCUUCUAACACAUUAAAACAUUGUUAAAUUAGUGAAUAAUGGGAAAAUGGUUUCCUCUUGGUGAUGGCAAUGCAUUCAUGUUGAAUGCCUGUAAAUAUUUGUAUAACUUGUACAGGAUAUAGUGUACAACAUGUCCUGUAUAGUCGUAUUACUUUAAUAUGUAUUACUGUUGAUGCGAUAACAAUGAAGGCUGUGAUGUCAGGGCCAGCCAGUGUUAUAGUUUUCUACUAGUGUCUCAGUUUGACAUCUAUUUAAAUAAAUGUGUCUUGCGUGUCCACAACUAAACAAUGGCUUUUUUCCAGUGAAUAAAUGCAAGACGUGUGCAGUUUCUAGAGCACAAACAGAUUUAGAAUUGGUUGGUUGGCAUUUUUCCAGGUGUCCCAAGAUAGCAACGCAGGUCCCUGAACGGUGAUCGUCGGGAUGAUUCAAGGCCAGCUGCUCUCGUGUUUAAUUAGAAAUGUGAGUUUGCUAAAAGAGAGAGUGCAUCUAUGAAAGCAUGUGAUUACAUGAUGCCGUAGGGUUCCUAGAAUAAAACCAACUGGAGGUAUAAUUGCUUUUAUAGCAUGACUAUUUAUUUAGGAUUGUGCAUAUUGAUCAAUAUAUUGGCAAGAACAUCACAUUACAUAUGCC